AUGAAAAUUAUAUCAGGAUGUGUCAAAUCAACUAAGUUAGAAUGGCUACCAGUGCUCUCACACAUAGCCCUCCCAGAAGUGCAUAGACACUCAGCAGAGCUAAAGAUGAUUGAGAAAAUACAAAACUCUCCGAGCCUUCCAAUAUACGAUGACUUCUAUAACGCACCAAACAAAAGACUGAAAUCUAGAAAUCCUAUAUGGACGUUAAAAAGGAGGAUAAUCACAGAAGGGGACUUAUGGAAGUUACAUUGGAAGGACGGAGAAGUACUGAAUAACCACUUCAUAAGUAAUCCAACACAACUAGUUCCAGGUUUCGUUUUUCCCCGUGCAGCAUGGACUGCGUUAAACCGCGUAAGAACUGGACAGGGAAGAUGCAAUUAUUUGAUGCACAAAUGGAGUAUGGUGGACUCUCCAUUCUGUAACUGUGGCCAAAUCCAAACUAUUAGGCACAUUGUUGAGAAAUGCUCGGAAACAAAGUUUAGUGGAGGAACAUCAGGUCUUCGCAAUGGAGACAAGGAAGCGCUAGAUUGGCUAUGUAAUCUUGCCACACGCUUAUAA